UGUGGCCAGCACGGUUGCUGGUCGUGGCAGCACGGCAGGAAAGCACGUAGAAAGUCUUUUCUUUUUGAAUAGGAAGAGCGUUUGUCAUUCAUUUUCAUACGGAAUGCUUGAAGUUUUAGUGUCAGCUUCGUAGCAUCGAACUUGUUUCUUGAUUUGCCUUCAGCCAUUUUUGUGUAGCAACGAAAACUUUUCCGGUGCCUCAUUCAUUCAUUCACCUCUUGUUGUUUUUCACGUAACGUCUCAGGAGACCAGCAUGUCACCAUGGAUUACGCAUAUUCGCCUUGUUCUUGUGGCUGCGCUCAUGUUGCUCCAGACAACUGAUUCAAAGAAAGAUGAAGCACUGUACUGCUCAGCCUGCAUGGCAAUUGCAGAUGAAAUUAACUAUUCCAUCAGUCAGACGGAUCCAAAAAAGAUGAUUCAUGUUGGUGGCUUCAGACUUAAACCUGAUGGAAGUCUUACAGACAAAAAGGUUCCUCUUGCUAGGUCUGAAACUUAUUUAACUGAACUGCUGGAAGAAGUUUGCAAAAGCAUGAGCGAUUAUGCUCAGUACGAGAACCCGGACACCAAAGAAAAGAGCUACAAGAGAUUUGCACCAAGAGAUAAUGAUGGCGGGAAUUUUCCAGAUUUCAAAAAUUUUAAGUUUGAUGGACCAGAGAGUUCCAGUGCCUUGAAGUUUGCUUGUGAAAGCAUUGUGGAAGAGCUGGAAGAUGAUAUCAUCUCUCUCUUCGCCAGUGAUGCAGACCAUGUGGCAAAGACGUUGUGCAGUGAAGUAUCAGAUCACUGUAAGAGCUCCGUUUUCCAGCACAGUGAACUUUAG